AUGUUCUUCUCCCAAACCGUGCCAUCCGUGCGGCAUGCCGCCAUUGCAUUGGCUUUGAUGCAUCGAAACUACCUCGAUCGUCAUUCUAACGGUCAGGUGUAUCAACCGCCGUCCUUGAAAGACCAGCUACCUGACAAAGCUCCUUUGCUUCAUUAUAACCGCGCCAUUCAGCUUCUGCUGAACCUGGAAAGUGGUGACAGCGCCGAAAUAACAGCCGUCACGCUGUUGGUCUGUUAUCUCUUUACCUGCUUUGAUCAUCUGGUGGGCGAUGAUGUACAAGCAGUGAAACAUCUGCGUGGAGGCGUAGCGCUCUCACGUACAUUGAACAAUUCUGCCUACGACGAUGGCCAAUCCUCAGGGAUUCACACGGUUAUCUGCCAGGUCACAGAACAGAUUCGUCGUCUUGACAUGCAGGCCGCCAUGUUUCUGGUCGACUGGACUCCAGCUAACAUCCACGAGACAUUCAUGUCUCAACUUGCACUCUCCCAUAGCAGCUUUUGGUCCCUCGACCAAGCUGCCGACUACCUCCAGGUUCUGGUUUCUCAGGUAAUGAGGCUGCACUACGCAGAGCAAAAAAGAUCCCCGACUGUUACAAUGCGUUCAUUCCCUUCUUCUUCACUCAAGAACAAGGACAUCGUUCUCGGCCAGUUAGAAACAUGGUCUCGCCUCUUCGAAAGCCUCCUACAACAAGGUAACAGCCCCUCUGACCCAGACCUCGAAACCGACCCUCUCCUACCCCUCCUUCGCCUACAACAUACUAUCGCUAGGAUCCUCCUCCUCAGUACCUACAGCCCCAGUCGCGAAACAUCCUACGACAACUUCCUCCCCCAAUUCCUGCACUGCAUCUCCUUAGCACACAGAGUCGCAACAACCCAUGAACGGUACUCAGGCCCAUCAAAGCCAACAUUCACGCCUGAGAUCGGAUUCCUCCCCGUCCUGUACAUAAUCGGAGUCAAGUGCCGACAUCCUCGUCUCCGUCGCGAAGUCGUGAGUAUCUUGCGACGACAGGUGAUCCGAGAGGCGUCUUGGGAUAGCAUCUCUACUGCUAGGGUGGUUGAACGGGUUAUUGAGAUUGAAGAGGGUGAGGAUGGGGUAUGUUGUAUGGAGCAGAUUCCGGUAUGGAGGAGGAUUGAGACGUUGUCGUUUAUACAUGUAGGGUCUGCUCCGGCUAGGUUGGAUGUUGAGUAUACGUUUUGCGGGAGGGAGGGAGUGCAUGUUGAGUCGAUUAUAAUGGAACGGACAGAGUCAGAUGGUCUUAUCAUGUCAAGUAGUCGAUAA